AUGUUGCCUCUCGAUAUUUUCUGGACCAUGCUCGAUCAGUGUCUUUUCAAGUAUGGAAAUAUUACUCUGCAGCACGAAGCAUUCCACUCGGUUUUUAGUCUCUCUCAGGUAGACCGCCGGUCAAACCAGUACGUUGAGGAGUAUGUUGCACGCCGCAAGCCUCAGCAUUUCCUUCGCCGUGAACUGGGUGAUAUCGAACUUAUACCUUACGAGGAAGGUGACAACCCUGAGAGCUGGUAUCCCGGGCACGCGGCCCACUUUCCCAUCCACAAAAUUGAGGAUUUCCUUGGUAAAGUCAUUCAGGCGGAUUGUCCUUCUUGCUUUGCGUAUCUUUUGGACUAUUGUGGAAUGGAUAUUGGCCAUUGCAAUUGUAAUGGCUGGAGCUUUGCCGCUCUCGCUGUUGCUAGCCGAACUAUCAAGAUCCUGGAAUAUAUGCUCAUCAAUCCCGGUUUGUUUCACACUUUGGUCAUUCUUCUUCUCGGUCCUGCAAAUGUCAACUUCCCUCGGCCCACUCCUCUUGGUCUUUUCGGAAGAUUCGGUGACAGGGAGUUCUUAGAUCAAGUUCUGGAUCUGGUGGAAGACCGAUUGGCUAACCUUAUGCUUCCUAGUGUUGUCGGCGGGGCUUUCACUGCCGACGAUAUCAUUUGGCUAUGCACUUAUAUCAGCCCAAACCAGGCUCGCAGGCUUCAAGCGCUGGGCGUACCCGUUACUGAUGCCUGCGAUUCGGAAUCUAAAUCAACUUCCUGGCACGGUGCCGUUCUGAACGAUGAAGAUUUCCUGGAGUACAUGAGGGUCACUUCGCCCAUGAGCCCUUAUCUCAGGAACAAGCAAGGGAAGUCGCCAUUGAGCCUCGCCAUUUCCCAAGACAGACUCGACGUGGUACAGUGGUUCAAAACGCACGGGCUUGCUAAAGUCUCACAGGAGGUUCACAAAACUACCGAACUUACAGUUGCAAUGGAGCAGACCUCGGAGGACAGCGCUUACAUCGUUUACGAGCUUCUCUCAAUCGAACCUGGUACGUCUCUGAGCCCCGUCUACGUCAGUGCAUUGCUAUAUUACAUGGUCGUUGCCUUGCAUACGAAGGAUAUCGAGAUGCGAUCGGGUGCGGGAGACUAUGAUCGUUGGCGAGCAGAGAGUGAAGUUAUCGCGGCUGAGAAGUGUAGGUCUGUUUUGGCCAUGUCGAAUUUGAACGAUCUUAAUCAAGCAGCGGAGGACGAUCUGGUUCUCACAAUCAAGUAUCAUCAACAUGCACGGCUCCUUGCUAACGAGCUUCGAUUUGAGGAACUGGCAAAGUGUGUCUACCGUUGGGUAGAGGAAUCGUGA